UCUCGCUGCCCAUUUGUCAAACCGGGUAUAUUUACGCAAUCUGCUGAUAUUAAACACAAAAUUUGGAUGUGCUGUAAGCUCUGCACUUAAAAUGGGUAAAGCAAUGUCCGUCGUUGGACGGCAGGUGCAACGAUUCAAUGUGGAAAAUCGGGCACAGAAAGUGAUAUCGCAAGCAAAACCCAAACCGGCCCCAAAGUUUGAAUCCAACCUGCGAGAUUUGGAGCGUGUGCUCAAGGAUCAUCCAGAUAUUGUCGAAGAGCAGAGUCGUAAGAAUGUUCAGUUGGAUGAAAAUCUGCGCCAAGUCUACGUUACCUCAAAGGAUGUGAUGAUCGAUCCUAAGGCUGCUCAAACGCAGGACCCUGAUAAACCUCUUCCCAUAAACCGUACCACCGUGGAAGAGUACGAGUUUGGCCAUCUCGAACCGCGUACCGUCACGAAGGGCCGUUGCACGCUGCGGCAAGCGGUACAGUUUAUCGGCAACCAUCAGACCGACCCGCAGCAGUGGACCUCGGCAAAGAUAGCGGAGUAUUACAACAUGAAGGAACCACUAGUCAAAAACAUACUCGAUCACUUCAAAUCGUUCGAGGUGCAUUUACCCGACAAAAACCUCGAACGGCGUAGGGUACUAACGCGGGCGGCAGAAGGCGCGAAACAGAUCGAAUAGGGGGAAAAAUAGAAAUAAAUCGCGAAUAACAAACAAACAAUCGUACAAUCGGUAACCUUUCUUGCUUGCGCUGGCACUCCGAAAAUGUUACCGUCUUAAAAAUAUAGACAUUUAUUGAAAUUUAUCACAGAAUACAUAUUUUUGGUAUGACGAAAAUUAUGGCUCAUUAAAUGUACUCAAACAAAAUGAUGAGGAAACGACCGAGAGAGGGAUAAACAAAAGAAGGGUGACAAAAAC